UCCAAGUUAUCGUCACGGAAGCAGUCCAGCGUGACCCGACGACUCUUUCCUUGGACCACAUCAAAAACGUCGCUGCAUUUUCUUUCUGUCACGCUCCACUAGGUCGGUAGCAGCUAGUGACUCGGUUCGCUGUCUGGACUGCGGGCUAAUUAUUUCUAAUGCAACAGAGACGCUCGAGGAAGCUGCCAUUGCCUGGCCGAACCGACACAUGUGGGAGAGUGCCACGCCGGCACAUGGCUUUCCCUCAGCAGUCUAUUCGACAGGCCACGAUCUGGCUUCUCCGCAAUGGCCUACAAGGCUUGUGAGAGAUCCGCCUCAACUGCCUUUGUCUUCAACUCCAGCGCCCGCGAUCUUGCCAGUCUUCCAAACAGCAUCGAACCCCUCAGGCCGGCUCCAUUCGACUGGAGAUUCCGUUCAGUGUGCUAUAGAAGAGUCCCAGGGUCGUGCUAUCCGUCGAAAUCCAUCACACACCGGUGUUUUGCCCGCCUCAGUCAGCGCAGCGUACCCUUACCUCAUGCAUCAAGAUACCACUGGUCUACCUGCUCACAACCAUGGACCAUUAAAUCACAUGUAUUGGGAAUUUCCGGCUGGCAAAGACCCUCAUGGCGACCUCAACUCAAGCAGUUUCCCCACAGAGGGCCUACAAAAACGGGGUGCAGCACCAUUGACUUCAUUAGACGCCCCAGACUCUACAACCGACAAUUUAGUCUCUUCCGUCAACGAUGCGAAGCCACAGGCUGCCUCGGCCGCAAAGUGGAGCAUGCCAGAGCUUGGUCUGGCGGUGUCUCACGGAAAUGGUCCUCAACCUCGACGAGAGCUCUACGUUCCGAACCCCGCGACGGAGGUUAAGUCUCGUAAAGAGUGUCAGCCUCGGCACAACAUCUUAACGCCAUUGGCAUCAACAUUUCCCAAAUCAACAUCAGACCCGGAGCUGUUGAAAAGGGUGAAAGCUCGGGCGCUCGCGCUCCUGAAUACGCCUGAGGCCAGGUUCAUGUUGAUUGAUCCCGCCAACACUGCCAAGCGCGCUCCGUCGUUGGGCACGCUGGGCACGCCAUUGAAGAAGCGGUCUGCGGCCGCGAAGAGCAUCCGGCGAUCCGUAUCAUUCGAUCCAGUCGUCAAGAACAUCGACAUUGAGCGGUUGCAGCCUGCCAUGAAACCGAGUCAGUGUAAACGCGACUUCACGCCUCUUGAUGUUGCAGAAGUUGUCGCCCAAUCUAAUCACGGCCAUGCCAGCUCCCUCCUCUGAUCAUCCACUGCAGUAUCAGGAACUACCGGGCGCCGAGAUGUAGAGAGACACGCACGUUAAA